CACAAUGAAUGUGUACAACAUACCGUGCUUGUGUUCAAUCCGCUAUGUCGGUCAUGAAGAAGAAAACAUUCUGACAUGUCCAGCUUAAUGAAGAAAGGUUAAGGCUCAGUAGCAUGUUAUGUUGGAUGGUAUUGCCCGCUCCUGGCACCUGUAAAGUUUUAUCCUUCUCCAAAAGGUUCUUCGUGAAUUUUCACAUAGGAUACCAAUUACUUGGGUAUACGGCACCACUCUUAGACACUAUGCACUUAAUUAUCGAUCUGUACACCUGUAUUGACGAGGUUUGGAUCAACGAGUUGUUGAACUUGAGUCCAAUGAACUUGGGAACGUGGUAUAAUGCAUGCGAUAUCAGUGUAACCAGGUUUACAGGUUAGUCCGAAAUGCGACGAUCGAAAGUGAAAAGAAAGCAAUUGUAACAGAAAAG